AGGGAAAGUAAAAUUUGCAGGUUUGUUGUAAAAGUAUCUGCCCUUCCCGCUGCCACCUAGCAGUGUUUUUUCUUCUUCUUUUCUCAAAUACCCUUUUCCCUCCUAAUUCAGUUCUAAAGCUGGCACUUCUGCCUAAGUAUAUACUUACAGGUUGUUUUUUUUUUUGCUGAUAUAUAUAUUCAUUGUUUUCUCCCUUUCUUAUCUACAAUUCGACGUGUUGCGCGCUUCUCCCCUUCCGGCAGUUUGAGAAAAGCGAAGUUCAACACUAUUUUCCCAAGAGAGGUUGUGCCAAUCCGACGCCGUUAACGACUCGUCGUGGAAAGCUCUCUUUUUUACUUUCCUUGGCAGACAGCCUCUUGCGUUCAACCGUCUUCUAAAGCAGACAAGCUAACAAACAGAACACGCAUGCCGAGAUCUUUUGCGCGGCCCGGUGCGCUGCUCAGCGCCUUCCCCGUGACUCGCUUCAGCACACUGGACCACACCGCCCAGCGGCGAACCCAUGAUGUUCUACGGCAGUCUGUCGAGCGCUUGUGGAGCCCGUUUACCGUGGGACGACGCGGGGCUGACCUGAAGGUCUACCGCUUUCACGAGAACCUCGCGGAGCUCUGCGCACCCGGCAACACCUUCACCUGCCAGGUGAAUGGGGCACCGGGCGGGAAACGCGUGCUGGAGGACUUCUUCGCCACGCUUCUCAGCGGCUUCGACAUUGUGCAGGUCAACGUGGAGAACGCACGAAGCAACUCGCUGGCCGAGGCGCGCGACAUGCGCAACCACCGCGGCUUCUACGUCUUGGCGCACACCCGUCCGUUUCUUGGCUGGACGCCAACGCCGACUUCUCUGCGUCUGCCGGCGUCGUGCGCGCCUGUGUCGGCGAACGACGCUGCAAUGGCGGCGCAGGCGGGCAGUUGCGGUGAGGCGGCGUACGGAGGAGAGGGUGAGGCGGCCGCGGAACACUUCUGUCCGACUCCUGUGCAAAUGGAGACGGCAACGGUCGAGCUUGCCUCUGCGGAUGGGUCGCCGUCGCUGACCAGCUCGACCACCUUAGUGGUGCCUUUCACCACCUACGUGGAGGGCGUGAUGGGCAGCGGACGUCUGUCUCACCUCGUGCUGCGCUCCCCGGUGAUGGAGCUGCUCAGCAGCUGUGAGGAGUGCCCGACACCGGUGCGACAGUGUUUGCAGAGCAAGGAGGCGCUGAAGAUGUUCGCGACGCUGCGUCGUGCGGGUGUCAAGCCGGAGAUUAUUACUUCAAAGACGCUGCUGAGUGCGUCGAAGCAAAAUGAGGUGUGGACGGCGGCGCUUGGUAUCCUAUAA